GGGGAAGGGAAGGGAACGGAACGGAACGGAGGGAGCGGCGGGAGGCGGCAGGUGCUGCGGGGCGGGAGGAUGGCGGCGGGGGACGCGGAGCAAGUGCGGUACUGCGGGCGGCUCUCCUACCUCUGCCUCAAGCUCACCCUCAUCACCUACUCCACCACCUUCUGGGUGAUCGGGGCCCUUGUCCUCGCCGUUGGCAUUUACGCAGAAGUCGAAAGACAGAAGUACAAGACUCUAGAAAGUGCUUUUCUAGCCCCAGCGAUUAUUUUGAUACUUUUGGGCAUUAUCAUGUUCCUGGUAUCAUUUGUGGGUGUACUGGCUUCUCUACGAGACAACUUAUGCCUCCUGCAAGCAUUCAUGUACAUCCUUGGGAUCUGCUUGCUGAUCGAGCUGACCGGCGGAGUGGUGGCCCUGAUCUUCAGAAACCAGACAAUCAAAUUUUUGAACGAUAAUAUAAGAAGAGGAAUCGAGAAUUACUACGAUGACUUGGACUUCAAGAACAUCAUGGAUUCUGUUCAAAAGCGGUUCAAGUGCUGCGGUGGGGAGGAUUACCGAGACUGGUCACAGAACGUCUACCACAGCUGCGCGGCGCCGGGACCGCUGGCCUGCGGGGUGCCCUACACGUGCUGUGUCACUAACAAGACAGAUAUUAUCAACACUAUGUGCGGAUACAAAACCAUCGACAAAGAGCGCUUGAGUGUUCAGCAUGUUAUAUACGUCCGCGGAUGCACAAACGCAGUGCUGAUUUGGUUUUUGGACAACUACAGCAUCAUGGCCGGCGUGCUGCUCGGCAUAUUGCUGCCCCAGUUCCUGGGAGUGCUGUUGUCCUUGCUGUACAUAACCCGAGUGGAAGACAUCAUCACCGAGCACAAGCUGAGCGAAAGGCUCUUCCAAGAAGCGCCGCAGAGAUCUGCCCCCGAGUUCGCUGGGGCCGGCUGCUGCAUGUGCUACCCGGGGUGACUUCGGAACCCUCACCAUCCUUUAAAAACUCAUCCGUUCUGGUUCGUGCUGGCUGCUGUGGCUGUUGCAGACUGCGGGUGCGAGGACCGGGCCCGCGGAGCGGCGGCGGGUCGGCAGCGCCGGUACCUCCGUCGCUCCUGGUGCGUCGGCAUCCCCGGGCGGAGCAGGAGGGCUCCGUGCUGCCGGCAGUGCUGCUGGAAGUGGGCUUCUGGAUCAUCAAAUCGCUUGGUUUCUAAUGAUUACUCAGUGAUACCCAGCCGGGUAAACUGCUCUGUGAAGAUUUGGAGGUAGGUUUCUGGGGAGAGCCUUUGCAUCUUGAGGUGUGGUAUUUAAAUGUUUGUCCUUUCCUUCCAAAGCAGAUUUCUUACUGAUCUGUGUGGCGAAUAUUAAACAUGUGUUUAAUAAUUUUUUAUGCUAAUCUGGGUGAAUUUACUGACAAUAAUGGAUGUGAUGCUGAACACUUUCGUUGCUCAGUGUUUUGUGCCUUUGAAUAAGAGGACAAAUGCCAGUGUUGAGUCAGGUAAUGCCUGAUAUAUUUUUAAUGCAAUUUAUUACCGUCUGGCUUUUGUAUAGACUUACAGGAUGUUUUAGUCUUGUAUGUACUGUACUUGUCCCUUUUAGUAAAUUAACUAGGUGAUUUCUUGGUUUUUUUUGUUGUUUUGGGGGGGAGUUCUGUGUGUUGAGAUGUUUCUAAAUUUUAUUCUUCUUGUCAAAAAUAAAACAAUGACUGUUUUUAAUUAAAAAAAAAAAAAACCAAACACAAAGAUUUUGUUUAGAAUGCUGGGUAUUUGCUAUGUAAGGUGCUGGGCCGGGAGGCAGCGAUGCCCAGGCCAUGGCGCUGGCCCCGCCGCUGGCUUGACGGGGUCUGGACGGGUGGCUGGAGGUCUGCGCCUCACGCACUCCUCUCAGCGCUUCUUGGGGUUUGUUGGUGGUCUGUGAUGUUCCAAAUAAACACAUUCAGGACGAGGAUAAAGCAGGUUGGGUUUAUCA